ACCAGACAGCAGGGUGGAGAGAGAGAGAGGGCGAGUGUAUGUGUGGCCAGAGAGAGAGAGAGAGGACAGAAAGGCAGCUAGAGAGCUUGAGAGAGACGAUAGAGUGGGAGCGCUAGAGUGCUAGAUAAUGGAGGUGCAGUCGGAGUGUGUGGAGCCUCCUGUGGCCCCUCAGUGUGACCCCCAGCCCACAGGGAAGAUCAACAAAGCUGCCUUCAAACUCUUCGGAAAGCGGCGCACCGGAUCUGGGAUGGCCAGCUUCUUCUCCUUCAGGAACAAAGGGUCUACAAACAGCGGGAACAACGGGAAUUCUGACAAUGGGAAUUCUUUAAAUGGAAACGGCUCAGCGGCAUCGGUGGAGUUAGUUAGGAGCAAAACCCACGAUGGACUAAUGAGCUCUAACAGCGAUGCUGAUGGACAGAGAGGGGAGGGGCUUGCUAUCCUGGAGGCGGGGCCGGUGAGGUCCCUCAGCAAAUCGCUGAGUUUCUUUUCUCUACUUCGAAGAGGGAGUUUUAGAUCGAGUGAAAACGGAGGGGCGGGGCUUGUCAGAAGAGGGAGGGGCCUAAAGGGCUUUUUCAGCAGCAUGCGAUGGAGACGCAAGGAAAAAACAAACGAGGGAGAGGGGGAGGAGGUGGAACGAAAGACAGAGAAGGACGGAGAUAUUGCCGACUCUGAAAAGGUAAAGGAUAUAACUCUCACCCUUGAACCGCCUCCGCAUCACCACCAAGUGGAUUGUGGGAAUGCAGAGGCAUCACCUAACCCAGAGACUCUCAGUACUAGUGUUACCAUGACACCCCCACACUGUGUUGCCAUGCCAGGGCCAUCUGGUGAGCCAGACUCCCCCUUUCCUUACACACCCACUGACUCGCCACUGCGCCCUCCCAUCCAAAAAGCCAAAGCCUCAAUUUCCAGCCUCACCCCCUCUCUCGCUACACCCCCUUUGGAUCGUUGCAGCACAGGUGACCCACCCUCAGAACCUUCGGUGGAUCGCCUCUGCUCUCUCCUAUUCACUGACGUCACAUCCCUCAAGAGCUUUGAUUCACUGACAGGCUGCGGUGACAUUAUUGCUGACGCAGACGAGGAGGGGCCAGUGGGUAACGGUGGCAGUGGCACCAGCAGUAGCAGCAGUGGGGGAGGAGGGGGGAGCGUGGGAGCAGGUGUUGGGAGAGCUGUUGGUAUCACCAGUGCCAUGUCUCGGGGCUCCCCAACCAAAACCCCUCUACCUUCGCAGCUGACUCAGCCCAUGUUUUCAGUGUCUGCGAGCUCCGUGCCUUCUUCCCUCCCAGCCCGGGCCCGGGCGCCGCCUCCACCACAGCCGCACCCAGCCGGUAGCGGUGUGGUGGCCUACAUGGGUGGAGGGGAAGAAAUGGCAAGUCCAGAAGGCGUGGACGACGCAGACAUGCAGGGGCUCUGGCACAUGCUGCCCUCCAAAGGGGACAGCUCCCCUGCUUUGCCCCGAUCACACCAACCUGCCUCGACCACCCCGACUUCAACUUAUCCCCCACGUGCCACCUCCAACCCUGCCAGCGGCCACCUGCCCUCAGCGCACAGGAGCGCAGACCGAAAGGUACCCCAGGUGAAGGUGUUGGGGCUCAGUAAGAUUCCCGUAGUUGGUGCAGCAGGAGGCCGGACAGCUAAACCCCCCCUCCCUCACGCACAUGGCCGUCAUCCCACAUCACCUGGUGAAAAAGAGCCACUUAGUGAUGAGGGUUACUGGGACACUCCCUCUGCAACGCCCACAGCAACACCUGAUGAGAGCGGGCUGCAGCGAAACCAGAAGAUGGCCCUAUCACGCGACAGUUGCUCUGGAGACCACCUGUACGACCUGUACAAUGAUCCUGAAGGAGAGGAUGAAGAGCAGGAGGGAGACGAAGAUCUAAAAAGUACUCCCUCUCCAUCCACCGAAUACAAACUCAGCCCCAGCUCCCAAACAACUCCUCCUUCCUCCUCCUCCUCUUCCUCCUUCCAGUCAAUGAAAGGCAGCACCAGCCUUCCAAGGGAAUCCAAGAUCCCAGUAAGUAGCAGACAAACCCCACCUCCCCACUCUGUAAGCCAGUCAGCCCUCUCGUCUGUUCUAGAGGCUGAAUCCCCUCCACCAAAGACCCAGGCUCAGCCUCCCCCGGCUCGCACCAGAAUCCCUGUAUCCAAGGUGCCCGUCCGUCGUUCUGGAAACAAGCCUGGCAGCACAACCAGAGGAACUGCCCACAAGAAAUAGCUCCUGUCAAACGGGUGAUUCCCGCCUACUAACUUACGGACUUGAGUGUGCAUCACUUUAGUGCUGUUUAUGCAGAGCCAAAAGUUUUCCCAGACCAAGAAAAAUGUUGAGCUGUAGAGUUAACAGCCUAUAAAUUCCUCCCCGAAUCUUAAAAGCUCUCAUUCCUUAAGUGUUUUUGGCUUACGACCGGCUAGAAUAGAAUAAGUGGUUUUGUUCACUUGGGAAAGUCACGAGGAGACUCCAAAAAGCUGGGUUAACACUUCACAGCGCUCACUGGAACUUUGGAGGUUCACUCUUGACAAUCCAUGGACACGCAAUAGACACAUUUGCCUUGUAACUUCCUGGAAAAGCUCCUGACCUGCUGAAAGUUCAACAGCUCAUGACUGCACACUGCAAAAACAGAAAAAAAGCAGAGCACCUUUUAUCUUUUACAUUUUUCUUAUGGAACUCCACAUGGCAUAACGUAAUUUGCUCCCACGGACCUAAUCUAAUCAAAGUUUGUCAUCUUGUCUAAUCUGUAACAAAUUACCUCCUAAUCCUUUAAUGUUAGAGCCAAAGUUUAAAAAAAAAAAAAAAAAGCAACAACCGAAUCUUCAUUUCACAGUCUCUGAUGAACAGACUCAACAACAUCCACAGCCUGGAAUAACCCACCUUUUUUGUUUGUUGUAUGUAUUUUUUGCUUUUUGAAAAUGGUCUUCUUCUGACCGCACACUGAUUAUUAAACUAUGUGCAAAAAUAUGACUGAACA